AUGCAGUUGGACUGCCUGCUCAUGACAUUUUCACGGAAGGAUGAUCAUCGUGAUGAUGAGAAUGAAGACGGAGAAUUUAACCGCAUUGUUUAA